CCAGGACCCGGCCGGGGGGUACCGCUGGCCCCCACGCCCCGAGGGUAAGCACCGCCGGGGCUACCGGUACCAGCACCGGCACGGGUGGGGACGCACCCAGCCGGCACCGCUGCCCGCAAGGAGCGCGCCGGCUGCCGGCGGGGGAGCUCCUGGCAAGGCCUGGCCGUGUUGCAGGCUCUGCCCGCGGCCGCCCCCGGGAGCACCGGGAGUCCCGGGCGGCCCCCGGCCUCCCUCCCCGCACCGCCCCCGGCCUCCCGCCGCCAGGGGGCGUGCUGGCGCCUCAGCGUGAAGCAGCGCCCGCCCCCGCUGGCCAUGCCGUCCAAUGGGAACGAGGUGUUUCGGCGGGAAGGGGGGGGUCAGGCGGAAGCGACGAUCUCAGCUUCCGGUGGCGGCUGGCGCCAUGUCGGGGGGGAGGCCGUUGCGGCUGCUGGGUUUGCACGGUUACCGGCAGAGCGAGCGUCGCUUCCGCCAGCGCACCGGCGCCCUGCGCAAGGCCCUGCGUGGCCGCGUAGAGCUGGUGGCGGUCAACGCCCCGCACCCCGUGCCCGGCGGCGGCGAGGACGACGACGGGGACGACCCACCCCGCGGCUGGUGGUUUUCUGGGCCUGGCACCUUUGAGGCGGGGGAGGUGGCGCCGGCGCCGGCGGGGUUGGAGGAGUCGCUGGCGGCCGUGGCGGCGGCGCUGGCGGAGCACGGGCCCUUUGACGGGCUGCUGGGCUUCAGCCAGGGCGCGGCGCUGGCAGCCAUGGUUUGCGCCCUGCGGGCCCGCGGCGACCCCCGCUUCCCCGUGGCUUUCGCCAUCCUGGUGGCUGGCUUUGCCAGCCGUGCCCCGGCUCACGGCCACUUCUACCAGGAGCCCAUUGCCCUGCCCACGCUGCAUGUUGUGGGCGAUGCUGAUGCUGUCAUCGCUGCCCCUCUCAGCAGAGAGCUGGCCCAGCACUUCGUGGAGCCUGUUGUCCUCACCCACCCUGGCGGACAUUUCGUCCCUGCAGCUGCGCCACAGAAGAAGGCUUACCUGGACUUCUUGGACCGCUUCCGUCCCAGCCAGGGGCAGACUGAGCCCACGGGGACUGGGACGGUUUGAUAACAGUCUCUGUAAUAAAUGGGGCUCCAGUGAGCCACAUGCAGCCUGC